AUGAACCUUUUAGUUGAUCAGUACGUCAAGAACUGCAACACUAACAAGCUCAAAGCAAACAAAGGAAGCUUAGUUAAAAUUAUCCAUCGUCGGCCGAUUGGGAUGGGGACUUCCAAAUCGGUGUCCUUGAGCCUUGUAGUGCUCUUCAUUGGUCUCCAUUUGAGUUCAUAUACUCUUGCGGAUCAUGACAAUAAUAAGGUGGAGAAAGCAAGAUUCCGAGAUGAUGAUUGUCAAUGGGGUCGACGAGGACCGUGCCGCGGUCGUCGUGGACCACGCGGCCCUCGUUUCGGUGGAGGAGGACUCGGAGGUGGUGGUGGUCUUGGCGGUGGCGGAGGUGCCGGAGGUGGUGGAGGCCUUGGAGGUGGUUCGGGUCAUGGUGGAGGAUUUGGAGCUGGAGGAGGUGUAGGGGGUGGAGGAGGUCUUGGUGGAGGUGGUGGUGCUGGAGGUGGUGGAGGCGGUGGUCUCGGAGGUGGUUCAGGUCAUGGUGGAGGAUUUGGAGCUGGAGGUGGUGUAGGAGGUGGUGCGGGAGGUGGUCUUGGUGGGGGUGGUGGUGGUGGUGCCGGAGGCGGAGGAGGCGGUGGCGUUGGAGGUGGUUCUGGACACGGUGGAGGAUUCGGAGCUGGAGGAGGUGUAGGCGGUGGUGCUGGAGGUGGUGUUGGUGGAGGUGGAGGCUUUGGUGGUGGUGGAGGAGGAGGAGUUGGUGGUGGUUCAGGUCAUGGAAGUGGUUUUGGAGCUGGAGGAGGUGUAGGCGGUGGUGCAGGAGGUGGUGUUGGUGGUGGAGGCGGAGGAGGUGGCGGUGGAGGCGGAGGAGGUGGUGGUGGAGCGGGAGGUGGUUCUGGUCAUGGUGGAGGAUUUGGAGCGGGUGGCGGUGUAGGAGGUGGUGCCGGAGGAGGUAUUGGAGGAGGUGGUGGUGGUGGUGCUGGCGGUGGUGGAGGUGUUGGAGGGGGAUCGGGCCAUGGUGGUGGUUUUGGUGCUGGUGGUGGAAGUGGGGGUGGUCGUGGAGGAGGAAUUGGGAUUGGUAUUGGGAUUGGAAUUGGGGUUGGAGCUGGUAGUGGCCAAGGAUCUGGCUCCGGCUCCGGUAGCGGUGGAGGUGGUGGACGUUGA